AUGGCGGCCCUCACCCGCCUCCUGAAAUCAUCAUCAUCUUCCUCAAUCCCUUUUCUAUUCAGGAGAUCACUUUCCUCCACCACCACUGCCGUGGUUUCCGAUAUUGAAUCUCAAGACAACCAGCGCCCUAAUUUCUCAGAUCCCAAGGGUUCUAGAAACUUCCAAUGGGUGUUUCUCGGCUGUCCCGGUGUCGGAAAAGGAACUUAUGCUAGUCGCCUCUCGACUCUUCUCGGUGUCCCUCACAUCGCCACCGGAGAUCUCGUUCGUGAAGAGUUAUCUUCUUCCGGUCCUCUUUCUCGACAGUUAGAUAAUAUAUCAUUCUGUUACGUGUGCUUUCCUUAG